GAGGGCUUUAGGGCGGUACGCGGCCUCAGGGCUCUUGCCUCACUCCUCCUUUGAGAGGGAGAGACGCCUGACAUAUGCGGACUCAUCCUCUCAACUCCCCAUGUCUCAUUUCUGUAUUUUCUCGCAUCAUUUUGCCUCGAGGAGUGAUAGGUGAUUCAUGACUCUCUUAUUUUUUCGCUCAUGGCUGCACCGGGGCUUCCGGAAUCCCCUUGCUGUUCGGAGGUGAAGAAGAGGCUGCUGAAAUCGGAGCAGGGAAGGAGUGCGUUGAGGCAGGCCAUCAAGGUCCUGGAAGAGACGGUUGAGCGACUCCAGAACCAGAAAAAUGAGCUCGGAAAAGCGUUGGAGGAUGAGAGAAUGCAGAGAAAGUUAGAGCGAGAAGUUGUCGAGAAAGAGUUAACAAAUGGAAGGGAAUUAGAGAGGGAGAUAUGCCAACUGAAGGAAGAGAUACUUGUAUUAAAGAAAAUUAAUGGCUCAAGUAAUCAAGGUGAAGAUGCAGAUGGCAAGCUUGCUACCAAUGUUUUGGAACUGGAGGAGCAGGUAAAGAGACUUGAAGAAAGCCUUGAGCAAGAGAGACACAAAGGAGAUUUGGCAAACAGGAAUAUGGAGAUAGCAAAGAAACAGGCAGAAUCUGCAAAGAAGAAAGCUAAGGAGGCAAAAAAGCUAGCAGAUGCAGAAAAAACCAAAGCAGAUCAAGAAAAGAGGCGUGCAGAUCAAGAAAAGAGACGUGCAGACCUAGAAAAAAGCAAGGUGGAAGAGCAUAGGUAUGUUGCCGAAGCUGCCAAGAAGGAGACUGAGAAGGAAAAAGCAAAGGUGGUUGAAGAGCGAGCUAAAGUUGAAGAGGCAAAUGAACGAGCCUCAGCUGAGAAGAAGAAGGCUGAUAUUGAAAAAAAGCGUGCUGAUUCAGAGAUGAAAAUAUCACAAGAACUUAGAAAAUCCUUGGAAGCAGAGAGGAAGAAAACCGCUGAUGAGAAGAUACGUGCUGAAAAUAUGUGCAGAAUGUUUGAGGAUGAGAGGCAAAGGCGAGAAGUGCUCAAGAAGGAGCUCCAGGAUGCCCUUUCUGCAAGAAAAGAAAACAACCAGUUUGGGCAAUAUGUUGCAAGAGAGGAUGAAUCAAGAGGGGAUAAAUCUGUUUCCUCAAGUGGUAAGAAAAUUAAGAAAUCACCAAGAGAGAAGUUGUUAAAGGAAAAACUAAAGCUCAGGAUGCAACAGUUGGAGCAGGUUAAGAGAAUGAUCAAGGUGGAAAAGUCAAAAAAGAACCUAUUGCAGCUUGAAGUAUCUCUUUUAAAGCAGGAUGCAGUCCAAUUUUUACUUCGUCUUGACAUACUCGAAAAAGCUUUUGUUUGUGAUGUUGAACAUGUGAAUGGUACCCCCCUGAAGGCUGAUGAACAGGCUGAUCAAGCGAGUGUUGAUUUAAAUUGUAAUGCACCUAAGAGGUUAUGCAGCUUUUUUUAUCAAAACAAAGUGGAGUUUGGGCAAGGACAAUAUAGAACUUUGGAAUGCCUGAAUUGUCAUGGGCCAUGGAUCAAUUCUCAUGGAAUCUGUCAGGCAAUAUGUGGAGGCAGCUGUAGAAGAGUUCUUUCAGGUACUAACUCUCAAUUGGAGUCCCCUGUUGGAGUUUCAGUGCAAAACAGGUCACAGUCUUCUGCCAUUUAUUCAACUACCUCCUCUUUUUCUGAUAGAAAGUUGAACAACUCACAGGGAAAAGAUGUUCCUUCUGUUGCCACAACGGUAGAAUUGGGUAAGGUUAGCUUAAUUCAACAACCAUUUGUGGAUAAAGUGGCAAUAGGGGAGCGUCAUGGAGGUUUGAUCAGACAAUGCAAUAUAGGGUAUUUUCCAGAUGAAAAGGGUGCUAUCCAAGAGAAGCCACCAAGCCCAGGUUUGGUUCCAGAGUCUGAAGUUGAAAACAGAAUAUCAGAAGAACUGAAGGUUAAAGACCAUGGAGAUGUUCUAAGGUCCAUCGAACAUUUGUGUUCCAAAAAUUUAAAGAAUAAUUGGAAGAUUGAGAAAAUGUUUAGAGCAUUGCAAGGUGAGAUAAGCUUCAAGAGAGGCUUACAGGUCGAUCAUCAUUUAAGUGGUCAAAAGUGUAAAGGCAGAAAGAGAAAGCAUCGUGCACACAAAUUGCUAGAUGGACAGGGCAAUGACCACCGUAAGAAGAGAAAGUUUUCCAGUGCGGAGGAUGUUUUACCUGUUUUGCAGCUUUCAGACCAAGUUAAGGCAGGUGUUGGUGGGGCUGGCAGAAAAUGUGGAGGGAUGAGGGAUGUUAGUGUCAUUGAUCCAAUUGGAUCUCCUGUAGAUAAAUUUGCUAGUAAGGACAAAGGACUAGGUGGAUGCUUUGAAGUUCGAGAACCUGCUUCAGGCUUCAAUGAUGUGACAGACAGGAAUGUCUUGAAGCUGCUGGAAAUGGAUGAUAGUGCUGAUGAGGAACGCUACCAAAUGGCACUCAAAGAGCCUCUUUCACCUACUUUACCUGAACUGGAUUUGUAUAGAUUUGAAGAAGCAGACCAAUCAAUUUCUUUAAUCAAGAAGAGCUGUCUUAAUGAGAUACAUGCAACUGUGACAGAAAAUGCAGUUCCAUCCUGGGCUUUUGAUGUCUUCCAUGCAGAAAUACAGCCGGUGAACUCUAAUAAUUCAGGGGAAGAACCUUCAGGGAAGCUGGUUCCUCAAUCUUUUAAGUCGACCAUGGAUCCAAGUGUGACUUGCCAAGGCCCUAUGGGGGCUGAGUUUGUUUCUGCUCUUGUGCUUGGUGAUGCCCAGGGACAUGGUAUUGAGGUGGAAGGUUCCAAAAAGCAGGGACUUUCUACUUCAUUGAGCUCUAUAUUUUCUGAGAGCUUGGCAAAGGAUGGAUGUGAAAAUGAUGGGAAAGAUGAAAAUGCACUUACGGUGCUAGAAUAUGUUAAAAAUAGAGAAAUUGGUGCAGGAAUAAAUACUGAGGGUGAAGUAGGCCAUGCUCAUAAUGAUUUUACAGAUACAUGUAUUAUGAAUGUUGAUGGACCCAAAAUAUCUAGUAUAAUAGAUGAGAAUACUAAGCAUGUAUUUCCUGGACAUAAUCAUUCUCAAAUUGAGAGGAAGGAUUCCAGGACUCCUUUAGUUUCUGAGGCUGUGGAUGAAAUAGAGCCUGAUGACCAUCAAAACAUUGUACAUGAUGACAUUUCAUUUGAUGGCUUUCUUGGAUCGAUGGAAGCAAUGGAGAUCAGCAUGGUUGACCUCCUGGAAUCAGGUAACAAGCUGGAGAGUCCAGCACCUACAUUUCUUGCUGAUGAUUCAUGUGGAGAGAACACUCCAGAAAACUUUGAAGAUGCACAUAAAAAUCCUCCAAAGCAUCUAAUCAUUUUUCCUGACAUUGAGGAUGAGGCUGCCAUUCUUAGAAUGUAUUGUUCUUUUGAAGCUUUUAUAUCUCAAAAAACGUAUAUCUCUAAAGAAGCUUGUGUAGUUGAGGAACUGAUUACCUUUCUUUCAAUGCGGUCGGAUCUUCAGAACAAGGAGUGGGCUUGUGUUUUCUUUUCAUUACUAUUAUACAACUUUUCUAUCUGUUUACCAAUCAAUUCUAGAAGCAACUUGAUGGUGAAUCCUUCACUCUACUCCAGUUCACUUGUUGACCAACUAAAAGACGUUCUAAUUGUCAAGAAGAAAGAUUGCCGGCUAGAGCUUCUGUUUUUCCUCGUUGAAAAGUUUCUUAUUGAUGGGAGAAUCCUUUUCUUUGCUGAUGUAUCAUGUGGGCUGCUGGUUGAUUGUUCAAAUAUCAAAGCACUGACCUUUGAUGGGAGAGAGAUUCUCAUGUCAUCUCAAAUAGCUCCUAUCGACUUGAUAGCUGGUGGAAGCAUUAUACUAGCUUGUAUCUGCUCAGCAGUUGACCGGAGCAGUUUCCUUUUAGAGGCAUCAUACAGUAUACUUCGGCUAUGCACAAAAAGUCCUUUUUGGAUACUUACUGUGCUUCAUUCUUUUUCUUCUGUAUGUGGAGAUUGGUAUUUUACACAGAGUGGCUGCAGAUUGGUUGCUUCUAUAAUACAAUCUGUUGUCUCAUUACUGGAGAGAGGAGAUAAGUCGAGAGAGGGUAUCCCUUCUCUUUGUGAGCUCUUGAUAACAGAUAAUGACAGGACGUUUCCACCAUGCGUUCAGUGCCCGUUUGCGAAAGGUGUCAUGAGUAUGGAUAAGGCCAUACAAGUAUUGUUAAGAGAGUUGCAGGAUCUUGCUCUACACUUUAGUGUGCAUGAGUCUGUUAGUUUAUUGAAAAAAAGAAGCAAACCUUGCUUGUUCUGUCUUGAGCACUUGGGCCAUGGGUCAGACCAUUGUGUGAGCUCGUCUUCCUGCAACUUAGUUGAUGCUUUUUCACUUAUAGAGCUACUUGCAUUCUACAUGGGCUGGGAUUGGACAUACAACAAGGUUAUACCUGUUAUUUGGAAGCUUUUGGAAUCAUCUAUUGCCGAUGAUUUUUUUGCUGCUGUCCUUAUUUUGAUUGGUCAACUGGGAAGGCUUGGCAUUGAUGCUGCUGGAAAUGAAGAACAAGGUGUCGAGCAAUUGAGAUGUAAUCUUUCUGAAUUUUUGAACCAAAGGGGGAGAUGUCUGCUUGUGCAGUUGGCUGCUGUAGUUGCUAUUUUGAAUCUUUUGUCAAUCGACUUCAUGAAGUGUAUGCAGAAAAAUGCAUCUGUUGAUGUGUGUCAGUCGCAUCAUGUAGAGGUUAUCAAGAAGUGGUUCUCUGAGCUGAGUGAUCAUGAACAGUCCAAUGCUUUAUGUCUUCUCAUGGGGUAAUGCGUUGUACAAAAAUCCAAGUCAUCGUGCUUCUAGCCUAUAAUUCCAUAAGCUGAUGGAAUUUUCCUGAAUGGGUCCCGAGUCUUCACCAAUUUUGGAGCCUGAAAUUUUUUGAAUCCCUCAGCUGUCUGGAUGUUGACCCGCGUCUGCUUUCCAGCAAUGAAAUCAGACACUUUACUAGCAGAGACUUUUUAAGGUUGAGAGAAGCCAAAAGGGAUACCAGAUUCUGCUUGCUCCUUUUUUUCCCGUGAACUGUUCAACCUGAUGCAUCAGAGUAUUUCGACUUGACAUUCUUUGGGAGAAUAUCCCGUUUCACAACUAUCCUUUUUACCUCAAAUUCUUUGCCGCAUAUCCAUACCUACGGUCUUUGAAGAUGCAUCACAUGUAAUCUUCGGUAAGUUCUGUCGGAUGAAACCGUCUGACAGAUCUUUUUGUACAGUUUCAUAGACGCUUCUAUCAAGUCGGUGGAAAAUAUUUAGCUCAAAGUAGAUGAGGUUGAUUGUCUGAGAAAUCAGAUCUGUAUCAGGAACUUUAAGAGUAAAAUUUGUUGGAAAAGGCAGGUCUUGGUUUAUUUAUCUAA